GCAGCCAUUUUCCAGCCGCGUUGUGGCCGCAGUCAAGAGAGCUUUAUUUUUAAUGUGUUUAAUGUAAUUUUUGUCAGCUAUAAUUUGCGAGGUUUCAGUGAUGGACAGUACCUUCUCUACAUGGCAGCAAUUGCAGUCCACAACAAAAGAAAAAUCGCCUUGAGGCAUCUUCUCAGCUCUGACUCUACUGAAUUUUACAUGAUCCCCCACCUACGAGAGAGAAAGAAAAAAUAA